ACAGCCUGUUUGGUGUGGACUGUACAGUUUCCUUUUUCUUCUGCUGAAAAACCUCUCUAACUCGUGUGUGCGUGUCUUUAUCGUGUGUUUUGUACAUUUUUGUUCUCGUUUUUCACAUGUCCAACGGUCGCUGACGGUCUUGCCUCGAUUACUACCUCAUUUAAACGUUAAAGCCUGAGCUAUUAGCUAUCGUUGGAUUGACAUCGUUGGUGUGUGUAUGUGGUGUGCCCUGAGGAACCCGUCGAUCAUUAUUCACAGUGAGUGAUGGCGAGAUGAUGCUUGAGCCUCUGUUGCCUUACCAGACUUGGAGUGCCUUUGAUGGAGGGAUGAAGACGAAGCCCUCUGACUAAAAUACAACGAAAGCAGAAGAAAUACUCUACCACGCACACAACCACCUACCCAUAGCUAGGAUGGGAACGAUUCAGGAGCUGCAGGACACAUUGUCCAAACGGGAUGAGGAAAUUAGAAACCUUCAGUCGGUCCUGCAGCUGAAGGAUGCUCAGAUACAGCAACGAGAGGAAGAGAUUCAACAGUUGAGAUCCCAUCUUGACAAAUUUCAAAGUGUUUUUCCCUUCGGCGGCCAGCCAGCCGCCUUUCCGUCGCUCAGGCGGAGCACCAUCCGAGAACCUCGAAAGGUCAGGGCCCAGGGUAUAUCAGCGGAGCCACAGGACCUGCAAACACUGCAAGACAUCAGCCACCAAAAGUUCAAUGAAUACCCCAAAAGUGAUCGGUCGCGGGAUUUGAUCAAAACGGCGAUACUGGGCAAUGAUUUCAUGAAGAAUUUGGAAUUGGCUCAGAUCCGCGAGAUCGUCGACUGUAUGUACCCAGUAGACUACCCGCGCGGCAGCCUCAUCAUUAAGGAGGGUGACGUCGGCUCCAUCAUGUACGUCAUGGAAGAGGGCAAAGUGGAAGUGUCGAGGGAAGGCAAAAUUCUCAGCACCAUGGCGCCGGGCAAAGUCAUCGGCGAGCUGGCCAUUCUCUACAACUGUAAACGAACAGCCACCAUUAAAGCGGCCAUCGACUGCAAAUUGUGGGCCAUCGAGCGCCAAGUGUUCCAGACGAUCAUGAUGCGGACUGGGCUGAUUCGACAGGCCGAGUACACCGUCUUCCUCAAAAGUGUGCCAACGUUUACGAAUCUCCAGGAAGAGACGCUCAUCAAGAUCGCCGACGUCCUCGAUGAGUGUUUCUACAAUCAAGGCGACUACAUCAUCCGGCAAGGAGCGAGAGGUGACACCUUUUUCAUCAUCAGCAAAGGACGGGUGAAAGUCACCAUCAAGGAUCCCAAUAGCCUCCAAGAAGAGUAUAUUCGCUCGUUGCAGCGCGGUGAUUUCUUCGGCGAAAAGGCUCUCCAAGGGGAAGAUAUACGGACAGCCAACAUCAUCGCCGACGAUCCCGAAGGCGUCAGCUGUCUGGUGAUUGACCGCGAGUCGUUCAACCAGCUCAUCAGCGGGUUGGACGAGAUCCGCACCAAAUACGUCGAUGAUGGAAAAGCCAGUCGCAAGAUUCACGACGCCUUUGCUCACGUCCAGCUGAGCGACAUCCGCGUUAUAGCCACAUUGGGUGUUGGAGGAUUCGGUCGGGUCGAGCUCGUCCAGAUCAGCAACGACACGUCACGCUCUUACGGACUCAAACAAAUGAAAAAGAGUCAGAUUGUGGAGACGCGGCAGCAGCAGCACAUCAUGUCGGAAAAGGAGAUCAUGGAAGAAGCUAAUUGCGACUUCAUAGUCAAGCUGUACAAGACUUUUAAAGACCGAAAGUACUUGUACAUGCUGAUGGAAGCCUGCCUGGGUGGCGAGCUGUGGACCAUCUUGCGCGACCGUGGCAAUUUCGACGACUCGACCACUCGUUUCUACACGGCAUGCGUCGUUGAAGCUUUCGAAUACCUGCACAGUCGAGGCAUCAUCUAUCGUGAUUUGAAACCAGAGAACCUGCUACUCGAUACGCAGGGCUACGUCAAACUGGUCGAUUUCGGUUUCGCUAAAAAAUUGCAGGCUGGACGGAAAACGUGGACGUUUUGCGGCACUCCCGAAUACGUGGCCCCUGAAGUCAUCCUGAACAAAGGCCACGACAUCAGCGCCGACUACUGGUCGCUGGGCGUGCUCAUGUUCGAAUUGUUGACGGGCACGCCUCCCUUCACCGGUUCCGACCCCAUGAAGACGUACAACAUCAUUCUCAAGGGCAUUGACGCCGUCGACUUUCCGCGCAACAUCACCCGAAACGCCACCGCCCUCAUCAAAAAGCUCUGCCGUGACAACCCGGCCGAGAGACUGGGCUACCAAAAGGGCGAGAUCCGUGACAUUCAGAAACACAAGUGGUUUGAUGGAUUCAACUGGGAGGGUCUACGCAAUCGGACGCUGACACCGCCCAUCAUCCCACAAAUUCGCAGUGCAAUGGACUCGUCUAACUUUGACGAGUACCCGCCCGACAUGGACGGCCUACCGCCCGACGACGUGUCCGGCUGGGAUAUCGACUUCUAAGUCAAACUUUUUUUUUUUCUUUUUUCUUCUUCUUCUUCUUGUGUUUUUUUUUUUCUUUUUUUUCUUUUUUUUCUUCUUUACAUCCGCAAAACACGCACGGUACACACAUACACACACACGCAAACCCGCCUCAUUUUUUGGGGAGGGGGUUUCUAUUCAGAUCCAAUCGACAGUUCGACUUUACGUCAAACAUUUUUUGUUUUUGUUUUUUUUUUUUGCUCCCAACUGCCCCGAAUUUUCUUCUUUGCGUGUCACUUUCUUCAAAUCAGUUUGACUAGUUAAUUUUUUUUUUUUUUUUUUUUUUUUGCAUUAAAAAAAACACACACACACACCCACACGCCCGUACAGUUCAAAAGAAACGAAUGUGGACAUGAUUUUUUUUUAGUUUUCACAUUCACUUAUUUUUUUUUUUUUUUUUUUUUUUAUGUUUUUUUUUUUUUUCGGUGGGAAAUGUCGUCGUUUGCAGAGAAGGGAAAAAAAAAGAAAGAAAUUAUUAAGUUGGACAAUUAGAGAAAACAAAGAAAAAUAUUUCAUAAUUUAUCAAUUAGUUAAAAAAGACAAACGCAGGCCUACACACACAUACACACGAUUUGUUAUGUAAUAUUUUACAUAUUAGAAGCAAUAACCGUUGGGUGCCUUUUCUUUCUUUUUUUUUCUUGUUGUUGUUGUUGCUGCUGCUGCCCCCCCCCCUCCAUUUACUUUCUUUAAUUGGAAAAAAAAAAAUUAUAUUAUAAUAUUUCUCGAUUGUUGAUCGCCAGUUGCAAUCAUAUUCCAUUUUUCGCCACUCUUUUUCUCGCUCUUGUGUGUUGUACAUCCUGCGACAAUUCAUUUCAUUUCGGGGGGGGGGGGGGGGGGGGGGUUAGUUCUUCUUCUCCUUUCGAAACAUUUUUUUUUUCACCUGCGAUCGACACAACAACAACAACAAAUGGGAGUUAUGUAAUGCCUUCUUUACCUCUGUUCUCCUUUCUCGCUCUUCCUCCAGUUAAAAAAAAAAAAAAAAAAAAAAAAAAAAGGAAAUUAA